GCUUUUGUGUCUUUACUCCCCAACCAAUACUAAGACGCCACGUAGUGCUUCUGAGAAGAACUUCGUCGUUACGAAAUCCAGUGUGUUCACAAGCAGAGCAAGGAGACUUUUUUUUUAAUUUUCUUCUAAGAAAACAGAACUAAAGAUGAGCAACGACGAUUCGCGACUCGGUGAGUUAAAUCGUUCGACGGAAGAAGAUGGAGGAAACUUCACGGUUUACGAGUCUCGAUUCCAGUCGCAGCGGUUUGACUCGUCCUUCUCCGAUUUUGACGCCCAACCGGAAAAAGACUUACAAGGCGGCGAUUCAUCUCCUCACUCCAACCAAGGAGAUUUCUCCUCGUCGCAGAACGAAGCACCUGAAUCUCAAUCUCCGCCGUUGAUAAACAGCUCGGAACCUACGAACGGUCCGAUCUUGCCGCCUCCAUCGGUCAUGGAGAAAGAGGAAGGUUUCGCUCUCAGGGAGUGGCGGAGGCUAAAUGCUCUGAGUUUGGAAGAGAAGGAAAAGAGGGAGAAAGAGAUGGUUCAGCAAAUUAUAGAAGAAGCAGAGCAAUACAAGGCCGAGUUCUACAGCAAGCGUAGCAUUACUAUUGAAAACAACAAAAAAUCUAACCGCGAGAAAGAGAAGUUGUUUCUGGAGAGCCAAGAAAAGUUUUAUGCUGAAGCUGAGAAAAACAACUGGAAGGCGAUUGCGGAACUCAUUCCUCGUGAAGUACCGGUUCUAGAGAAGAAAGGGAAGAAUAAGAAAGUUUCUAUAAAUGUGAUACAGGGACCAAAGCCAGGGAAGCCCACUGAUCUGUCUCGUAUGCGUCAAGUGCUUACGAGACUCAAGCACAAUCCACCUUCACAUAUGAAGCCCAAAUCGCCCACCACACCACCAUCAUCUCAAGUGGUUGACCCGUGAGUCAAAAAGAAGUUGUAGUUUGUGUUUUUUGACAAGUUAACUUCUUCUUUGCUUUGUGUAAAGCGUCUGCAAUUUGCUAGCUUCAGUCUCGAAUUUUGCUUCUUUUGGUUACGUUUCUCUCUGGUCUUAUCAUUGUUGGCUACUUGGCUUCUCAUACAGUUUUCACAACUUCGAUGUUUAUAUUCAAUAAGACGGACCUUAAUGCGUGUUCAUCAUCAUAAUCUUUAAGCAGAGAGCUUUCAAAGAAGUUUCA